AUGAGACGCUCUUGCCUAGCCGCUUCGACUAUUAUUGACCAGGUCCCAUUUCGGUUGUCUUUACACGAUCAAUUUCUUUUCGAAUCAAUGACAUACACGGUGCAACUGUGCAUAGAUGGUGUUUCAGCCGCCAUUGAAGUCCUCGAGGACGAAUCGAGCACAAAUGCUGGAGUGUUAGGAGGCGUUGGAGCAGUUCCUGAUAAGGUGUCAGAAAAUGCCAUCAAGAUUGCUCCUUUAUUGGUGAAGGAGAAGAUGGGUGGCUCAAGCCUACUAGGCCAUAUAGCUCCAAUGAUGUUGUUUGGUGAAGGAGCUCGACGAUGUGCCAUGUCUAAAGACGUUCUGUUGCCGGAAACUGUCACAGAAGCUGAUAAGGAUAGAGAUUUCCACAUUUUAUUUGCUUCACUGUCAAUCAUCUGGUUGUUUUCUAAAUAUUGUAUGUUUAAACAGUGGCUGGUUAAAAAGAGUAAGAAAUCAGUGGAGAAAGUUCAAGACUAUGCUUUCGAGGUAGAGGCAAAGAAUUGCCUUUCUUCUGAAGAAUAG